GGAUUUCAUAAUAAUCCGCGUGAACCUCGUUCGCUGAUCAUUUCGUGGUUCAUGAUAGGCCUUCACUUCUACCGUAGCAGUUAAAGUGGAAGGAAUACCACUGUACUUCUCCAUACCAAGAAACUCCUUAUUUUGGUCAUUGUCCGCUCCCUGCGAAAAGGACGAAAGGGUAGGUUUUAAGAAUCAUUUUUAUGCUAUGAGUAACGGUCUAAUAACGCUGCGUUUUGACUUUGGAUCCGGCGAGCAGGUCAUCCGAAUGAAUUCGCCGAAGGUCGCUGACGGUUCGUGGCACCACUUACGGUUUACCUAUCGUCGAGACUUCGAAUCGAGGACAUCGGUGUCAGCGACUUCGACCACGCUGAACCUCGGUGAUCAGUUUUGGGCAUGGUUUGGCGGUGAGGUCGUUCGUAACGGGUUUGUUGGUUGCCUACGAAACAUUAUGGUCGAUAGCUUCGUGCUGCCGAUCGGCGAUCCGGUGACCAAUCUGUACAACGUCCGGCUGAACUGCGACGACAACCGCGACGCGAUGUCAUCGAUCACAACUGACGCCGAUGAGCAUCGUCGCCACCACUGCGAACCGGGUUUCUGCCUGAACGGCGGCACAUGCAUCGAGGACGAUCAGGGCGGCAGCGGCGAUCACGCUUGCAUCUGUCCGGCGAACCACGGCGGUCUGCGAUGCGAAAUUUCAGCCAUGUGGUGCGAGCGCGACCCCUGCCUGAACGGUGGUUCGUGCGAGACACUGCGCAACGGCUAUCGAUGUCGAUGUACCCCUGGAUAUACUGGUAUUUGA